AUGACAGAUUUCAAAAUAAAAGCAGGAUUGGCACAGAUGUUGAAAGGAGGUGUGAUUAUGGAUGUGGUCACACCUGAGCAAGCCAGAUUAGCUGAGAGAGCUGGUGCCUGUGCAGUAAUGGCAUUGGAAAAGAUCCCAGCAGACAUGAGAAAUUCAGGUAAGGUGUGUAGAAUGUCUGAUCCAAAGAUGAUCAAAAGUAUUAUGGAGACUGUGUCAAUUCCGGUAAUGGCAAAGGCUAGAAUUGGACAUUCUGUAGAAUGUCAAAUUUUAGAAGCGUUGGAAAUUGACUAUAUUGAUGAAAGUGAAGUAUUGACUCCAGCCGAUAAGUCAAGACAUGUCAACAAACGUGGAUUUAAGGUUCCUUUUGUAUGUGGCGCGAAGGAUUUGGGAGAAGCUUUGCGCCGCAUCAAUGAAGGUGCUGCAAUGAUUAGAACCAAGGGUGAGGCAGGUACUGGUGAUGUUUCAGAAGCAGUGAAGCAUAUAAGUGUUAUCAAUGAAGAAAUCGAAAAAGCUGCUUCGUUAACUUCUGAAGAAGAAAUUCAAUCAUACGCCGAUGAAUUAAGAGUACCUGUAGAAUUGUUGAAAUUGGUAAUAAAGGAAAAAAGAUUACCUGUAGUUAACUUCGCUGCGGGGGGUGUUGCUACUCCAGCUGAUGCAGCCUUACUUAUGCAACUAGGCUGUGAUGGUGUUUUUGUUGGUUCGGGUAUUUUCAAAUCCCAGAAUCCAGAAAAAUUGGCCAAAGCUAUUGUGAAUGCCACCACAAAUUAUAAAGAUCCCAAAAAAUUAUUAGAGUUUUCGACAGAUUUAGGAGAACUCAUGUUUGGCGUGAGUAUAGAUUCGUUGCUGCAAAAUGAAAAGUUAUCUUCGAGAGGCUGGUAA